AUGUCUCAUCGGCUAUCAGAUGCUGGUCGUUUCUUACGUGGAUUAACUCAACUCAGUCAACACAUAGUUAAAGAAGCAACUACGCCAGGUGAUCCUCGCCGACGAUCUCCGCUAACUGAACCCUUAGCUGAAUUUGUGUCAGCUGGUUUCGAACAACUUGGUAAUAUUAAUAUUUGGAAUACUAUAUCUAAAACAGCAUGGAAAUCUAGUGUUCUCAUACGUCAAACUGGUAUUGCUGCAAGAAAUGCUAUUCGAUCUUCACCAGCAUCGAUAACAUUCGUAAAUCGAUCAUUGGAAGAUGCAGUUUCGAUUCCAUCUUCGGUUGAAACUAAUUCAUCUAAAGCGACAGUUACAGAUACUUUAAUUCGGGAUGAAAUUCCGGUGCCAAAUUAUCCAAAAAUUGAUUCUACUAAUCUACUAAAAUUAUCUACUAUUGAAGCAAAAUCUGAAUCAUUGAUACCUAUGAAAACAUUAGAUAAUGCCACAAAUCGUUCAAUUGAAAAGUCAACUGACUCAAUUACACAUACAGUUCAAAUCAAAGCAACUUCUACUACUAACUCUACAGUAGAUGAAUCGAAAGCACUAUUGACAUUAGAAGAGAAUCAAAAUUUAAUUUUACCACCACCAAUAAAUCAUGAAGCUCAAGCACGAUCUGUACCAACAACAAGAAUUGGUCGUUUAGCCAGUUUUGGUUCGCUUGCUGCUGGUCUUGGUGUUGGUGCUUUGGGUUCAAUGGUUCGACGUUCAAUUGGACUUGAACAAGAAUCUUCUUCACAAAAUGCUCUAUCUCCAUAUUUAUCUAAAGCUAAUGCUGAACGUAUUGUUAAUACACUAUGUAAAGUACGUGGUGCUGCACUUAAACUAGGUCAAAUGAUAAGUAUUCAAGAUAAUUUUCUUGUUCAAGAUGAUAUUCAAAAGAUAUUCGAACGUGUUCGUCAAAAAGCAGAUUUUAUGCCUGAAUGGCAAAUGAAUGAAGUCAUGACGAAUGAAUUUGGUUCUGCAUGGCGUGAUCAAUUUGAAGAAUUUCAAGAUCGACCAUUUGCUGCUGCUAGUAUUGGUCAAGUUCAUUAUGGUGUUUUAAAACAUAAUAGAAAGCGCGUAGCCGUUAAAAUUCAAUAUCCCGGUGUUGGUAAAUCAAUCGAAAGUGAUAUUAAUAAUUUAGUUACAUUACUCAAUUUUUGGAAUAUACUUCCCAAAGGUUUAUAUAUCGACAAUGUUGUAAAGGUUGCUAAACAUGAAUUAAAUUGGGAAGUUGACUAUAUUCGUGAAGCUGAAUGGGGUCGUCGUUUUCAAAAUUGGCUUCUUUAUUAUCCAACAUAUUGUGUACCUGAUGUCAUUGAUAGUUUAUCGACGAAAAAUGUUUUAACAACAGCAUUUUUCGAUGGCAUCACUCUUGAUCAAGCGGUUAAUCAAGAUCAAGAGACACGUGAUUUCAUUGGCAGAUCUGUAUUAGAAAUAUGCUUAUUAGAAUUAUUUAAAUUUAAAGCUAUGCAAACAGAUCCUAACUGGUCAAAUUUUUUAUUUAAUCCAUCAACUAAAACAAUUGGUCUUAUCGAUUUUGGUGCAUCACGUUAUUUUAGUCCAAAUUUUAUUGAUAAUUAUAUUAAAAUAAUUCGGGCUUCAGCAGAUAAUAAUCCUGAAGGUAUUAAAGAUCUAUCAGUUAAAUGUGGUUUUCUAACUGGAUAUGAAACACGUGAAAUGACUGAUGCUCAUGUUAAUGCAGUGAUGAUAUUAGGUGAAGGUUUUCGUUCCGAAGAUAUAUUUGAUUUUGGUGCACAGAAUACAACAAAGGGUAUACAUAAAUUAAUACCAGUUAUGCUUAAACAUCGUUUAACACCACCUCCGGAAGACUCAUAUUCUCUACAUAGAAAAAUGUCUGGAGCAUUUUUACUUUGUUCGAAAUUACGUUCCCGAGUACAUUGUAAACCACUCUUCGAAAGUGUAUGGAAAGAGUAUAAUUCAUCAUAA